UCGGUGCGCGCGCCGGCGCUACUUCCGCGUAGGGUGACGUAAGGAAGCGGGGGGGGUGGUGGGGGUGGGGGUGUGGGGCCGGUGCUGUACCUGUCAGCGGGGGUCGCUGGGCCCCGCCGGGGUUCCUGGGCCGGUUCCCGCCGCCGCCGCCCCCCCCCCCCCCCUCAGCCGCCAUGGAGGGCGCCGCGCUGCCCAUCCGCCGGCACCGGCGGGCGCUGGUGGAGGCCGUGAGGGAGCGGCCCUUCCUCAUCGUCACCGGCGAGACGGGCAGCGGGAAGAGCACGCAGCUGCCCAAGUACCUCUUCGAGGCAGGCCUCGCCAAGCACGGGGCCAUUGGUGUCACCCAGCCCCGGCGUGUCGCCACCGUCUCGGUGGCGCAGCGGGUGGCCGAGGAGAUGGGCUGCUCACUGGGGAGCAUCGUCGGGUACCAGGUCCGCUUUGAUGACUGCACCACUGAGGAUACUGCCAUCAAGUAUAUGACUGAUGGCUGCUUAUUGAGGCAAAUAUUGGCAGACCCUCUUCUCAGCAAGUACAGUAUCAUCAUUUUGGAUGAAGCCCAUGAGCGGAGCCUCAGCACUGAUAUUUUAUUUGGUUUGCUGAAGAAAUUAUUUCUACAGAAGAAACCACCAAACAGGAAGACGGCCAUGAAAGUGGUGGUGAUGUCAGCCACUCUGGAGGUAGACAAGCUGUCGGAGUUCUUUGGACACUGUUCAGUGCUGCAUAUUCCAGGAAGAAGUUACCCCGUCAAGGAGAUAUUCUGCAACCUGCUCAGCCCAAGGGACAUAGGCAGCUCUGCGUAUGUUACAGAGGCUGUAAAAGUGACGUUGGAUAUCCACUUAAAUGAACCAGAAGGCGACAUCUUGGUUUUCCUGACAGGUCAAAUUGAGAUAGAAAGAGCCUGUGACUUACUUUUCAAGAAAGCUGAAUCUAUUGAUUACCGGUAUGAAGUGCAUGAUCAGUCUGUUGAAGGCCUGCUUAUCUUACCAUUGUAUGGGUCAAUGUCAACAGAUCAACAGAAAAGAAUAUUUUUGCCAGCUCCCACAGGCAUUAGAAAAUGCGUGGUAUCCACAAACAUUGCUGCAACGUCUCUGACGAUUGAAGGAGUCAGAUAUGUAGUAGAUAGUGGAUUUGUGAAGCAGUUGAAUCAUAACCCCCGAGUUGGCUUGGACAUACUGGAGGUGGUUCCCAUUUCAAAGAGCGAAGCAAGGCAACGAGCAGGCCGAGCUGGCAGGACAUCAUCUGGAAAAAGCUAUCGGCUGUACAGCAGAGAAUUCUGGGAGCAAUGCAUGCCUGAUCACACAGUCCCAGAGAUCAAGAGAACCAGCCUGACCUCGGUGAUCCUGACCUUGAAGUGCCUUUCUGUGCAUGAUGUCAUAAGAUUUCCCUAUUUGGACUGUCCUGAAGAAAGGCAUAUUUUAGAAGCUCUCAAGGAACUUUACCAGUGUGAUGCUAUUGACAGGAGAGGCCAUGUGACAAGACUGGGUGAAUUCUUGGUGCAGUUUCCCCUCCCUCCCAACCUGGCCUGUGCUGUCAUAAAAGCUGCUUCUCUUGACUCCGAAGAUCUGCUGCUCCCCAUAGCAGCCAUGCUGUCUGUGGAAAAUGUCUUCAUUCGUCCAGGUGAUCCUCAGAAGCAAAAGGAGGCCGAGCUUCAACACCAGGAACUUUCCUCACAAGUGGGAGGAUGCAAUGACUUUGCAACCCUCUUAAAUAUUUUUGAACAGUGCAAAGCGAGCAAGUCUCCUUCAGCUUGGUGCCAGAAAUACUGGAUCCAUUGGAGAGCUUUAAAAUCUGCUUUUAGUGUGGAAAAACAGCUUCGGGAAAUAAUCACUAAACUGAAACAGCUGCCAGACUUCCCUAAAGAGACAUUUGAAGGCUCCAGAACUGAAAUACUAAGAAGAUGUCUGUGUGCAGGAUACUUUAUCAAUGUAGCUAGGAGAUCUGCAGCCAGGACAUUCUGCACAAUGGACGGACAUGGCAGCAUAGUCUAUAUCCAUCCUUCAUCUACACUAUAUAACCAGGAGACUCGCCUUGAGUGGAUCAUCUUCCACGAUGUCACAGUGACAUCCAAAAUCUAUGUCCGGACAGUGUGUCCUGUUCGCUAUGAAUGGGUCAAAGACUUGUUGCCCAGAUUGCAUCAAAUUGAUGCAUAUGAACUGAGCAGUGUGGCACGGGAAGAAGUAACUGAAGAGGAAAUAACCAAGUGGAAACAUAAGGAGGACCUUAAAAGGCAGUAUGGAGUCACAGACAACUCUGCAAAGAAGAUGGAGAGAAGGAAUGAUGAUCAGUCAAUACAGGAUGCCCGAGCUCGCUAUCUUGAGAGAAAGCAGCAAAGAACACAGGGUUUAAGUGGCCCAGUGACAGAAAUGGGGCAAUAGUCACAGCUGCUCUAUUCCCGCUGUGAGAAAAGACAGUUUGGUGCAGUUGUUCUGGGUAUGUUUGCAUAAUGCAAAAUGACUAACUGGAAUGAAGAAAAACUUCUGCUUUGUGGUAAGUUUGAGUGCUGAAGCAUACAAACGCAAUCUUCCUUAGCUGCAUCCAGCAAGGAAAAGUUACCAAGCUGAAUUUCAAUGCUACUUGUCACUGACAAUAGUUUAGUGCCCUCAAAUGUGGAUGAAGACAUGAUACUUGCUGUGGUGCCAAUUCUGUGGCAUUUAGUUGACUUAAAAAGGUCUUGGUGGUCUCAGUGCCAUUAUUAAUAAAAUUUUCUUAAAGGUUGUUUUUUUUAAAGGAGUGGAACUAUUGCUUUUUAUCCAUUUUAUCUGUAUGAUUGUGGCUAUACAGUCUUCAUGCUUCUGCACUGCUCAGGAAAAUGUAUAGGAAGUGCUCUUUUAAUGAUGGAAGCAUGAAGAUCUAAAUUCAAAAGGACGUUUGCCACCUGCAUUCUCUGUUGCAGACAGUGUUGUUCCUACUCUGUAUUGUGCUGUACUGUGUACAGUGAUGUUUCUGGGUGAAGAUGUCUUUGUAUGCAAAGUAUUUUGUAAAUGUUUUCACAUUCUUGCUAACAAUGCAUAAUUUUUGUCAGGGAUGACUUAGCACUGUGUGUCUUCCAUUUGGCAAAAAAAAAAAACCCAGCAGUGAAUCCACUACUCAGCCAGGUUCUAUCUUUCAGUCUGUCAGGAGGCCUGCUUUUUUCUGAGUUUGGUGAUUGUUAUUUUUAUAAUUUAUGGAUUUCAGUCUGAAGAAAGAGUGUUUCAAAUGUGUAGAGAGAAUACACAAGGAAAUUCUAGCUUCUUUUCCUCAACUCAAGUAUAUAACAGAGCAAAGAGCUGUGAUGCUGUGUCAUCAUAAAGUUUGUUUCCCUCGCGAUAAAGAGGUCACCUUAAUGCUAAAAUGUUCCAGUGGUCUAGUGUGGAGCUUGUCUUUUUUUGCUGUUUUUCAUUUGCAGUAAGUCACAUUUUGUAUAAGACAAUUUCCAAAAAACCUGGAAGAACUUACUGUCUUUUUUCAUGCCUUGGGUUUGUACACUGUGUGUCACCCUCAGUUGCUUUUCAGGUAGCUAAUGCUGUUCAAGUGACGUUGUAAGGAAGCUUUAGCGCUUGGUGUAAAAUGUUAAGCAUUCCACCUCUACUGCACAGGCUGAAGCUGAUCAUAAGCUUUCAAAAACCUCAGGCUUCUCUGGGGAGUAUGAUAAUAUUAUUCUUCAUAAAGAAGGUAGUAGGUCUGAUAAUUGUCCCUCUUUCUGUGAUUGUACCUAUUAAAAUGAAAAAGCUGAGGCUGGUCCGUGUACUUGCCAAACCUAGCGAAGAAAGUGUGAUUGCGGCUGUGGUGCACGCCGCUGGUUGCCCUGCGGGGCCGAGUGCCACCGUGCGAGGCUGUGAAGAGCUUUAACUCAAGAGACACCGUGGCUGUCAAUGGCAGGAGCAGGAGCAAGCGGUGCUGCCUGCAGCUGCCCUGCAGGUUUCUGUCACGGAGCUCCGAGCCGCAGGAGAAUUGCUGCCGCGUGCCCCUUUUCUGUGCGUACGGAGCCCAGAAGCAGCAGCGAGAUUAAUGCCUUCCUCCUUCCUAAGGGUGCACGUGAAUCAAUUACGGGUUGUGAUCAGCCUUUGUAGGAAGUGGCAUGUUUACGGUUCCUCUUUCGUUGGGCCCUUUAUCCUGAGUUCAGAUAGAAAAGGGUUUUGUUCUUUCACGCUGAUGUCCAGACGCUGCUUUUGAGAAGCCAGCCCUCUUUCUUGACUAAACCUAUAAUCUGAAACUUGCAAAAGCCCACAAAUUAUUGCUGUUUACUUUGAGAUUGUAUUUCCAAUGUCACAGCCCCUUGAAAGUCAAAUGACAUCUGCACUACACACUAGGUCUGAGAUCAGUAGCUAGAACGCCUACUCCUGCUUGGGGCUAUAUAUCUCUUGGCAGAUCCUAAUGCUUUCUUUUUUUUUUUUUUUUUACUUAGUAGCAAAAAGGGAGGGUUUUUUCCCUUAUGUUCCAGGGCUGCUCAGAGAUUUUGAAAUUGUGAAUUUAAUACAAAGUAAAAAGGGUAUGAAGAAAUAACAAUGAGAUUGCAAAACAAAAAUAAAAGAAAAGCAGGGGUCAGGUC